AUGAGUGAUUAAAUCAUAAUUAAGAGAAGGAAAGGAGAAUAUAUAGAAUAGGAAGGAUAAGUCAUCAAUGUUUAAUUAAAUUCAGCAAGCCUGACUAUUUUGAAUCUUAAAAAGGAGAUUGCUAAAAUAAGUAUAAAUUAAUUUUAUUAAGCCAAAAUCAAGCCAAUAAGGCAAUGGUUGACAACAGAGGAUAAAUAAAAAGUAUUUGAGGAUAAUGAGCUACCAUUGAAUCUUUCAGGAAUUAAAAAUAGUCAGACAUUAGUAGUGAAAGAUUUGGGACCUUAAAUGCUCUGGGGUGCAGUAUUCUACAUUGAAUACCUAGGGCCAAUUUUAAUGUUCUUUCUACUUUAUAAGCUAGGUAACUAAGAGAAUUACACACUUAUGCAAAAGUAUAUAUUCUCAAAAUAAUAUAUUCUAGAAUAGCUUAUUUGAUGGUGAUUUUGCACUUCCUCAAAAGAAUAUUAGAAACAAAAUUUGUUCAUGUCUUCAGUAGAGAUUCUAUGCCAUUAAAAAGGGCCUUAAUUAAUUGUUUGCAUUAUUGGAUAUUUUGUGGAUUUUUUAUUGGAAUUGAAUUGUUCUAUUUAAGAAGCUUUGAAAAGCGUUAAUCUUGGAAAUUUAUUUUUGUUGCAUUUUUUGGUUUGUUUGAAUUUUUGAAUUUAAUGUGUCACAUUAGGCUCUCAAGUUUUAGAAAGAAACCUGAAUUAAAGUAAAGUGAUGCCGAUUACGUUGCUUAAAACAAACAAAGAUAAAUUCCAUACGGUUGGGGUUUCGGAGCAGUUUCAUCUGCUAAUUAUUUCUGGGAAACAAUGGCUUGGGUUAGUUUUUCGUUCUUUACUUGUUCAUAUGCAGGUAUUUAUAGUUAUAAUGAAUAGCUAUUGCAUUUACAAUAUUUUCUUUUGGUUAGAUGCUUAUUUGGGCAAAAUAAAAACAUAGACGAUACAUCAAGGAGUUUGGAGAUAGAUACCCAAGAAACAGAAAAGCGAUGGUGCCUUACAUUAUCUGAUGAAAUAAUAUAAGUCAUUAAUUUAAUAAAUAUAUUAUAGAUUUGCACCUUAUUGGCAAU